AUGGCUGCACCGCGCCUUAAUCCCGCUGCAGUGGGCACUACGUAUCUCGAUAUCCCUAGCAUAGCCGCGGAGAUUCACGCAUUGGAUUCGAACAGUUCAGAAGGACACGUCAAUGGGGUCUGGAACUCCAUUCUCAAUUGGGUUUUCGAUCCAGUUGACGGGUACAUCACCCGUCCGCAGGACAUGCAUACACAGUAUGGUGGUACACAUGGCUUUCCCACUUCCAUACGCUCCAGUGGCGGGGAGGCCGUCGUGUGCAUUUUUUAA